GCAGAGCAGCCCCCCAGUCGGAUCGCGGCUCCGCUCCGGCUUGGCGCGGAGGAUGGGAUUGCCCCCAGCUGCUCUGAUACCGGUUCUAUAGGUCUGGACAAGGCGCAGGACGAAGACGGACACGUGAGGAAGCCCGGGUGCCGCCGCGACGAGGAUGCUCCCGGCAAGAGGAUGGCCGCUCCUCCUCCUCCUCCUCCUGGGAGCCCCGGCUCUUUCAGGCGGACACGAGUCGCUGACUUCCAGCCGAGCGCCGGCGAGCCCGGCGCGAUGGGCGCUCCUGGUGACGUCUCCCGAGCGCUCCUCGCCUAGCAGAGCCGCACGUCAAAGGAUUCUGAAACAAGCCCUGAGCAGGAUCCAGAUCGGACAAAAAACCUUCAGCCCCCUGGUAAUGCUCAGCCUAGAAAGUAAGCGGAGCGGCUCCCGCGGCGCCGAGGGCACGCUGAGCUACGCCAGGCGCGGGCCCCUGCUGCAGGAUUCGAAGAAGUUCUUGUCGCCGUGGUCCAAGUGGAGCGAGUGCUCGGGGAAGUGCGGCCAGACGGGCGUGCAGAAGCGCACGCGGUCCUGCCUGGCCGAGCACCUCUGGGGCGCGCGCUGCAACGAGGUCACCGAGGAAGGGCGCCUCUGCGUCGGGCACGUUUGCUCAGCUGAGCCGGGCGCCUCUCCCUGCAACCUCACGUGCGUCAUGGGCCGCGUCAACGCCGACUGCGACGCCUGCAUGUGCCAGGACGUCACCCUGCACGGCAAGGUGUCCCUGGAGGACGGCUCGCCCGCCGCCGGCGCCCGCGUCUACCUGCAGGCCAAGAAGCUCAAGCUCUUGACGGCGGCCAACGGCGCGGGCGCCUUCAGGAUCCCCGGGGUCUGCCCGGACGGCAAAAGCACCCUGAAAAUCAGGAAAGCCAAAUACGUCACGGCCAGCGUCACCGUGCCCGAGAGCAACAAGAGGAACCUGGCCAUCCAAGUGCAGCUGGAAAGAUCAGGCAAACCGUACAUCUUGAAGAGCCCCGAGGACAAAGCGAGGCGGGUGGGACAGAGCGUGUCGCUCUGCUGCGAUGCUGUUGGCACCCCAGAGCCCGACCGCUACCUCUGGUAUCACAACGGCUCGCUGCUCGAUCCCUCCUUAUACAAGUACAAAAACAACCUGAUUUUGAAGAACUUGAACAGAGGCCAGUCGGGAGAGUAUUUCUGCAAGGCCAGUAGCGAUGGGGGUUCGGCAAAAUCCCAACCGGCCAAACUGGCCGUGAUAGGAAGGCACGAGGCAGCCUGCGACCCCCAGCCCCAAAGCCACCCCAUCCGCCUUCCACACGACUGUUUCCAAAACACAACUAACUCAUUUUACUACGACGUGGGCAAAUGCCCAGCCAAGAUCUGCGCCGGGAAGCUGGACAAGGGCCUGCGCUGCAAGGACAACACCGCUUACUGCUGCGGCGUCUCCAAAAUGGAAACGAGACAGAUCUCCUGCAACGGAUACACGCUGCCCACCAAAGUCGCCGUGGAAUGCGGGUGUAAGAAGUGCACGGAGACCAAGAAAACGGUGCGAGGCAGAGCCAUAGCGGCGGACAACGGCGAGCCGCUGAGGUUUGGCCACAUCUACCUGGGCAACAAAAGAGUGAGCAUGACAGGCUACAAGGGGACUUUCUCGGUCCACGUCCCCGUAGACACGGAGAGGCUGGUUCUGACUUUCGUUGACCGGCUGCAGAAGUUUGUGAAUACAACCAAAGUCCUCCCAUUCAAUGAGAAGGGAGGUGCGGUGUUUCACGAGGUCAAGUUACUAAGAAAGAAACCCCCGGUCACGCUGGAAUCCUCCGAAACCAACGUGAUUUCGCUGGGAGAAAUGGAAGAUGAUGAUCCGAUUGCCGAAUUAGAAAUCCCUCCCUACGCAUUCUAUAGGAAGAAUGGAGAAGUCUAUACAGGUAAAGUGAAAGCCAGCGUGACGUUUCUGGACCCAAGAAACGUCUCUGCGGCUGAUGUGACACAAAGCGACCUGAAUUUUGUAGAUGAUGAAGGAGAUAUAUUCCCUCUCCGUACCUAUGGUAUGUUUUCGGUGGAUUUCACUGAUGAACAGGGCACCGAGUCUCUUAACGCAGAAGACGUGAAGGUUCAUUUGGACACUGCGCAGGUCAAGAUGCCAGAGCACCUGGAAGAGAUGAAGCUUUGGUCCCUGAAUCCAGAGACAGGCUUAUGGGAGGAGGAAGGGGACUUCAGCCUCGAAAGAAGCCGACGGCACAAGAGAGAGGAAAGAACUUUCUUGGUUGGGAACAUGGAGAUCAAAGAACGGCGGCUUUUUAACCUGGAUGUGCCAGAGAGCAGACGGUGCUACGUCAAAGUCCGGGCCUACCGAAGCGAGAGGUUUCUGCCAAGCGAGCAGAUCCAAGGAGUAGUGAUUUCUGUCAUAAACACAGAGCCAGAGCCAGGCUUCUCCUCCAACCCUCGAGCGUGGGGUCGUUUCGACAGUGCGGUCACCGGUCCCAACGGCGCUUGCGUGCCGGCCUUCUGCGACGAGCAAAACCCGGAGGCCUACGGAGCUUACAUCUUGGCGAGCAUGGGGGGUGAAGAGCUCGAAGCUGCGUCCUCUGCUCCCAAACUCAACCCCAACGUCAUUGGGGUCCCGCAGCCCUAUCUCAACAAGCUCAAUUACAGGAGGACGGACCACGAGGACCCGAGCACCAAGAAAACUGCUUUCAGCAUCAACAUGGCCAAGCCAAACCCCAAUUCCCCGGAGGAGAACAACGGCCCUAUUUACGCAUACGAAAACCUAAGCGAAUGCGAGGAAGCUCCAUACAGUGCUGCUCAUUUCCGAUUCUAUAGGGUAGAGGGAGACACGUACGACUACAACACCGUUCCCUUCAAUGAGGAUGACCUUAUGAGCUGGACCGAUGACUACCUGGCGUGGUGGCCCAAGCCCAUGGAAUUCAGGGCCUGCUACAUCAAAGUAAAGAUAAACGGACCCCAGGAGGUGAACAUAAGGUCUCGCAACAUGGGCGGCACGCACCCGCGCACCAUCGGCAAGCUCUACGGCAUCCGCGACGUCCGCAGCAUUCGCUCCCCGGAGCGGCCCGGCGUGUCGGCGGCCUGCCUGGAGUUCAAGUGCAGCGGCAUGCUCUACGACCAGGACCGUGUGGACCGCACGCUCGUCAAGGUGGUCCCACAAGGCAGCUGCCGCCGGGACGGCGUCAACAGCAUGCUGCACGAGUACCUGGUGAACCACCUCCCCAUGGCCACCAACAACGACUCCAGUGAAUACACCAUGCUGGCUCCCCUCGACCCGCUCGGGCAUAAUUACGGCAUCUACACCGUCACCGACCAGGACCCCAGGAUCGCCAAGGAGAUCGCCCUGGGCAGGUGCUUCGACGGCACGUCUGACGGCACGUCCAGAACCAUGAAGAGCGACAUCGGGGUCGCGUUGACUUUCACCUGCGCGGAGAGGAGCGCGGCGGAGCAGAGCGCCUUCCAGUCGCCAAGGAACUCGGGCCAGCAGUCGCUCCUGGAGCUGCCGAGGGAAAGCGCCGCGUUCCGAAGGCCGCAGGGAAGCCGCAGAACGGCCCCAGGCAGGAGCCCCAUGAGAGCUCAGCGCUCUCCCGCCUACUAGAGCUAGGCGGCAGCCUCGGGAAAGUCGCUCCCGGUCGAUUAAAUAGGCUCUGAAAGGAAUAUCUACCUGCGAAUAGUCUGUCUCGACGCAGGUAGGUGUCAUCACCUUUAAGAUAUACUUAAGGUGCGCAUUUCUUAUUUUGCAUUGCACCAGGAAGGAUGCACAGGAGGUAAAAACUGGGAAGUCAGUAGUUGUAGCAGGUUCCUGUCUUAGUAAACAAGUCCAUAAAAAUCUCCUUUCUGCCUGACAUUAAGCAGCUUCACACAUUAGCCUAAAGGGAAAAGUAAAUGCCUAAUUGAUUUAAAUCAUGUACAUAAAACAUUCUCCCAUUCUGCAUCUGCAGACUUUGCCAGCCCAAGUACCUGUACAGUAGUUGGUAACUUGAAAAGGAAUAAACUGAUUUCCUCAUACUGAAUUCAACUGCAGUUUUUUACUUGAAAUGUAAGUAUUUUAUUUAUUUCUAGCUUGUUUUAGAGUGACUGUAUUCAAGCUAAAGUACUGGCAGCUGCACUUCUAAAAACUCACAUUUGAUAGCACGAAGAAACCACGUGCAUUUGUUGGUCCCACAUGGAUAAGACUGCAGCUUGCUCUUGCUUCUGGCUUCUUUGAGAGGAAAACCUCGGCUCUAGAA